AUCAGUGGAAAGAGCCGAAGACGGCGGUUCGGUCAUGUGAUCAGCUGUGUCCAAUCACAGCUGAUCACAUGGGACAUAUACACUGAUCAUCAGGGCACUGAUGAUCAGUGUGCCCUGAUGAUCAGUGUAGCCCCAGCAGUGCCAGCUGUCAGUGUCCAUCAAUGCCAGCUGUCAGUGCUCAUCAGUGCCACAUCAAUGCCACAUAUCAGUGUUUACCAGUGCACAUCAAUGCCACAUAUCAGUGCCCAUCUGAGUUGCCUUUCAGUGCCACCUAUCAGUGCCAGUCAGUGCCACCUAUUAGUGCUGUCAAUCAGUGCCAGUCAGUGCUGCCUAUCAGUGCCACCUAACAGUGUCAGUCAGUGCCGCCUAACAGUG